AGAGGGCAGCGUUGUGGCGCUCACGCACAUUCCGUGACUCAUGUCAUGUCAAUCAACGUCUUUACCGAAAGCGGUGGCUGUUACAAGCGCCCUAGUUUCCUUAUAUGGUUUGUAUUUUAAAGUGAUCCAGGUGUGUCGCCUGAGCCGACGGCCUCGCUUGCGCUGUGGCUCGCGGUUAGUACGUUGCCACACGCCCUCGCAACAUGUUCAUGUACGAGCCGCCCACGAAGCUAAAGCUCACGUCUGUCGAAGAGUUCCAGGAAGCAUUCCAGCUGUUCGACUCUCGGGGUGAUGGCAAGAUCCAUGUAGCACAGAUUGGGGAUGCACUGCGAGCUCUGGGGCAGAACCCCACUGAAUCUGAUGUCAAGAAAUGCACACUCCAUCUGAAGCCAGAUGAAAGAAUUUCAUUUGAAGUGUUUCUACCCAUUUACCAGGCCAUCUCGAAGGCGCGCAGCGGCGACACCGCCAACGACUUCAUCGAGGGGCUGCGCCACUUCGACAAGGACGGCAACGGCUUCAUCUCGUCCGCCGAGCUGCGCCAUCUGCUGUCCACGCUCGGCGAGAAGCUCAGCGACGACGAGGUGGAGCAGCUGCUGCAGGGCCAGGAGGACUCGCAGGGCAACAUCAACUACGAGAACUUCGUGCACCUCAUCAUGCAGGGCUGAGCGCCGCGAGCACUGCGGCCGCGCGCCGCUUAUUGCAUGUAGACUGUUUAACGAAACUUAAGAUUCCGUAUUUGUAUUCCCUUUUUUAAUGUAUUCCAAAAUUAAAAUAAUUUUAAAUAAUGUUUGUACAGAAGUUAAAAUAUAUAAAUAUUAAUAAUA